UAAAUCCUCCAACACAGAAAUAAAUCCCAACCGGAAUAGAAGCAGCAGCAAAAAAAAGGCACACACUGUAGCGAACCGGUUUUGUGGAAAAAAAAGCGUGCGAUCGUCUCGCAAACCCCUUGUUGCUGCUGCUGGUGUGUAUGAGCCUUUUCUGUAUGUGUGCUUACUGCUAGUGUAUGUAUGCCUCACCGUAGUUGCUGUCUCAGCAGUAGCAGCGGCAGCAGCAGGAGGAAACAAAAAAAAAACAAACCCGGAACACACGACUUCCCGCUACCACGGAGAAGUGUGCGUGUGUGUGUGUGCGGCGCGGUUUGGCAGUGUGUUGCAUGCGGUGCGGUGUGGUGGUGGUGUGACGCACACGGAAGGAAAUGUGUUUGCCGGUGUCAAGUGUCAGCACGGCGGGCGCCCGCCAUAUCUCGCUACUCUUUUCAAGUAGGCGCAGAAGAUCAUCAUCGUCGUCGUCUGUGUAAGCGAGAACAAGAGUGAGAUCGCCGCACACACAUAUUGGCACCAAGUCAGUAGUAGCCUGGGCAGCUAGCAGGAGAAGAAACAUUCGUGAUGUUGUGCCGUGACCGGUGCAGAGCUGGGAAUUCAACUGACCCGCAAGAAUUUUUCCAGCAAACCCCAGUGUGUCAGUGUCCUGUGUGUGUGAGUGCUUGCUUGUGUUGUAUCGCGCUUUUCACAACGGAAAUCGGCCACCAUCCGACGGGGGGGCAGUAGUACUGUGCGUGAGUGUGUGCUUUCUGUGUGCUAAACACGAACGACACACACACACAGCAGGCCACAAAGUCGAAUGGAUCUGUGUGUGGUGUAUCGGUUUUGUUGAAGCAAAGUGUGUAGAAGAAGAAGAAGAAGAAGAAGCGAGCUCUUUUUUGUUGCUGUUGGUUGCUUUAAUUUUCGCGCUACGUUCCCCAGCUGUUCCGUUUUUUCCUUUUUAAGCUGCUUCCCCGCGAAAGAAGGAAAUGCGGCGGCUUCUUCCGGGCCCGAUUUCCACCGCGAAACGAGUGAUGAAAACAUGAGCACGUACAGCAACCACAGCAAGUGCAACCGUUGUUUUGUUUCGAAGGAGUGAUAUUUGAAGAGAAAGAGAGAGAGAGAGAGAGCGUGAAAGAGUGUGUGUGUGUGUGAAGAGAAAGAAAACCAAUCGAAAGGCUAAAAGAAAAGUUGUGCUCGAGUGUUUCUUGGAAGAGCCUGUUUUUUGUGUGUAAUUUGUGUUUUUUUUCGCUGUGCGUGAGAAAGAAUAUUUUGUUGUGCCGGCCCAAGUAAAAAAGGACUAACUGGAAAACUGAGAGAGAAAGAGAGCGAGAGAGUGAGAUAAAUUGAAGGAAAAGCGCACGCGACGAGAUCCAAGCAACAAGUUGGUACGCCGCCCAGGCCCAGAAGGAAAACAAACCCCAACCGGACACACACAACACACCGGUGUUAGUGAUAGCGUCAACAGAAUUUGGAUGUCGCAUUGGAGUUCAUCCGUUUUGGAAACAUAAAAAUCAUCCAAUCUGGCUCCAACGUGCGUCCUGCUGUCAGUAGCAAACGCAAAAGCACCACCACCACCAUUAAAACAAGAACGCCAGCACGAUUGCCACCAUCGGUCGUGAUCAGCAGCAGGCCAGCAGCAGCAGCGUAGUGGUGUCCGGGUGUCGUCAGCCGGAGGAGAAGGAGAUCGAACGCAGCAGCAGCAGCAGCGUCCCGCAAUCAUCGUCCAACAGCGCUGCCGCCGCAGCCCUCUUUGCCGCAGCCAUGAAGCUACUACCGAUCCCGCUCUCCCCGCUCAAUGCGCCGCCCCCACUGGGGCUGUGGAACUCAGAGCUACUCUGGCGCUACCCGCCCGCCCCGCCCAGCCCGCUGGCUGACCUGAAGACACAGCUCCCGCCCCAGCUCAACACAGACCCGCGCAUCUGGGGCCGCGAUGAGGUGGUCGUCUUUCUGCGCUUCUGCGAGCGCGAGUUCGACCUGCCCAAGUUCGAUCUCGACCUGUUCCAGAUGAACGGCAAGGCGCUGUGCGUGCUGACCAAGAACGAUCUGGCCGAGCGCAGCCCGGGCGCCGGCGACGUCCUGCACAACGUGCUGCAGAUGCUGAUCCGCGACGCCCAGACGCUGCACCGCCAUCUGCCGAGCAGUCCGGUCACGCCGACCGGCCGCUACCCGCUAUCGCCCCACAGCCACCCGCCCACACCGAACUGGAGUGCGCUGGCCCCGCCGGACAGCCCGUUCUUUCACAGCUCGCACCUGCAGCAGUUUAUGGCGGCGUCGAACUCGGUCACACUCAGCCCAGCACCGUCGAUCGAUUCGCAGGCCGGCAGUCCACCCUCGCAGAGCCACGGCGAGCAGAACGUGUUCCAGCAGCAGCAGCAACAGCAGCAGCAGCACCACCAUCAGCAGCAACCCCCCAAGUCGUCCUCCGGUGCGGGCUCAUCGUCCUCCUCUUCCACGUCCUCGUCGACCAAUGGAAGCGGUGGCAAUGGGAGCAGCGCUAACGGAGGAGCAGCCGGGCCGGCCACCAACGGUACCAACGGGCUGAUCAGCAGCAGCAGCAGCACUACUAGCAGCGUCGCCAGCAGCACCAGCAGCAGCGUCAGCAAUCAGUCCGACUCGGACGAAGAGCACGCGACGGUGGGCAAUGGUACGGCCGCCACUUCCACGACCGGCCCCGGCUCGUCCAACGGCAACGGGUACCAUCCGCUGCCCCUGUCGCAUCCGGACAGCAAGCUGCCACUGAUCGCCACCCAUCCACCCCAGCAGAGCCCCCCGCUCACGCCGAUCUCGAAGGAAACGCAGCAUCUCGGCCAGCUGCAGCUGCUCGACACGAAAACGCUCCAGUAUCCGGUAUCGUCCCUGCUGAACGGUUCGUCCGGCAACGGCGGCAGCAAUGGGGGCAGCUCGCGCGAACGUGAACCCUCGUCCUCGAGUGCGGCAGCCACCGCUGCUGCCGUGGCCGCGGCCGUGCUCGGCCUCAAGGGAGCCGCUUCGAACGGUGGCGGUUCGUCCGGCUCGUCCGGGUCCGGCUCAGCGCCCAGCACGCCCGGCGCGUUCCUGCCCGUCAAGCGCGAGUUCUUCCCCGACAGUCCGGAACCCAAUACGAUUUCGUCCGGUUCGCUUUCAGACGGCCGCCUGCUGUGGGACUUCUUGCAGCAGCUGCUGAACGAUCCGAGCCAACGGUACAGCAGCUACAUCGCGUGGAAGUGCCGCGACACGGGCGUGUUCAAGAUCGUCGACCCGGCCGGGCUGGCCAAGCUGUGGGGCAAGCAGAAGAACCACCUGUCGAUGAACUACGACAAGAUGUCGCGCGCCCUGCGCUACUACUAUCGCGUCAACAUACUCCGGAAGGUGCAGGGUGAGCGCCACUGCUACCAAUUCCUCCGCAAUCCGACGGAGCUGAAGAGCAUCAAGAACAUCUCGCUGCUGCGCCAAACGAUGGCCGCUAGCCAGGCGGCCGCAGCAGCCGCCGCCGCCCAAUCGAACGGCAACGGUGGUGGCGGUGCCAGCGAGCGCAACGGCGACCGGGGAGCGUCCUCGGUCGUCGGCAAUGGUUCGGCCAGCAACGGUGGCAGCAGCAACAACCCGCUAAUGUCGCUGCUCCCGAACGGAGCGAACAUUCACCAUCUGGCUGCGGCGGCUGCGGCCGCUGCCGCCUCCCAGAACGGACCGCUCUCGCCAUCGUCCUCGUCCCCGUCCUCGUCGCCAUCGGCCCUGCACCAUCACCAUCAUCAUCUGCAGCAGCAGCAUCAGGCGGCCGCCGCGGCCGCCGCAGCAGCCGCCGCCAUCCAUUCGCACCAUCUCGCAGUACAAAAUGGGGCCGCCGGGGGAGCGGGCGGCGGGCCGCACCAGCGCAACAUCAAGAUGGAAACCGACCUGGACGACCUCAAGCCGACCGAUCUCAGCACGAACGAUCGCAAGUUUAGCUACGGAUCGCCCGUCAACGGAACGGACUGCUACCCACUGAUUCGCAAUGCCAACGGACUGACAACGAUUCAACUGCUGAGGCAGCAGCAGCAGCAGCAGCAACAGUCGGAAGCUGGUUCGCCUCCGUCCUCGCCAACGCCCCUGUCGAUCAACUCGCAGUCGCUGCACACGAUCAGCAGCAACCUGCACCAUCUGCACCAGCAGCAGCUUCAGGCGCAGGCAGCGGCUGCGGCAGCGAUUGCGGCAGCGGCCGAAGCCCGCCACCAGCAGGACGCCGCGGAGCAGCAGCAGGACCAUCCCCUUCACCACCAGUCGUCGUCGUCGUCGUCGUCGCAUCACCAGCACCAACACCACCACCACCCGGCACGGAACGGUAGCCGAAGCAGUAGCACGAGCGGUGCGAGCGACCACGACCACCGGGAACCGCACGAUCGCGACCGUGAUACGCCCUCGCCCGCCAACAGUGAGUCGUCCGCGCACCAGUCGCAGCAGCAUCACCACAGCAUGCACGUGAAAAGCGACGACGACAGCAUGAUGCCGACGGAUCUGAGCAAAUCCGAGCCGAUGUACUACAAGUAAGCAGAGGAGGGGAGCGCUCAAAAGGAGGUGGUGUGUCGGGAGAAAACGGCGAGGAAGGGAACGCCCAGCAGCAGCAGCAACAACGACGGCGGCGGCAGCGCAUCAACAGCAUAUGAUCUCAACAGUACAAGCCCCUCACUACUACUACCCACUACUACAGCAGGAUCAUCUGCCAGGUGUGUCAAUUUGAAGCAAUACAGAGAGAGAGAAGGAAGGAGAAUAUCCAGGUCUGUGUGCCAUCGCGCGCGUUUUUCGCGUGUCCGCCGCUGUGUUUCGACCACACACCAUGCGCUGAUGCUGCCCCUCUCCGGUGUGUCCCCUCUGGCGGCGACCAUUUACCACCGUGUUUUUUUUUAAAUAGUUGUGUUAACCAUUGAACGUACUGAGCUUCCCCCUGUUCUUCCUACCCUUUCCCUUUUAUCCGCCCCAUGGCGUAUAUCCGCUUAACAAUUGACAAACGGCGAAGCUGUUAGAAUUCGAAAUUAGGAUUAGAACAACAAAGAGAGUGCAUGUUGACUGAGUAGCGAGUGAGAAAGUGAGAGAGUGAGCGAGAGCGUGCGAAAAGAGAGACAGAGAGAGAGAGACGGUUUAGGUUGCAUCUUGUACAGUUUACACACGAUCGUAAGGAGCUGAAAAUUGAUCAUUAGAAAAGAAGGGCACCGUGUCACUAAUCACCCGCGGGAGAAAGCUUUCUGAGCGACAGAAGAAGAAGAAGAAGAAACCCUUACUUAUAUGUGCCAAUCUGAUUUUUGUUCUACGUUUUGUUUUUAAAUCACUGUUCAGAGUUUAAGAAGCGGGUUGUGGGAAAGCGAAGAAGCAACAAAACGGAAAAACAAACCGACAAAGUGCUAAACAAAACUAAAAGGGGUUGAAAAAUGAAGUUUGAAAUUUUAGAGCUCUGUAUCACACGACUAUUCUACACACUCACUCACAAACACAUAGAAGGGAAGCAAUUAUGCAUAUAAAACAAACUAGUGAUUAACGCCUGUAUAUUGAACUCGAUGUUUGUUUGUUUUUUUUUAUAUACUCGUUUUUAAAAAAAGCACCUUUUGUGUUUUCUCCCUACCCUUUCCCCAAUUAUUAGGAGCACACACACACAUACGCGCACACAUGCACACUCAUGCACCAUUCGCACACACACACACACACAACUCACCUUUGUACAGAUAGUUUAAUUUUUGGUAGCGUCAAUUGUUAGGUUUAAGCUAAGAGUUAAGAAGAAGCGAGUUAAUCUGUUACGGCCAAUCGAAAUCCCCGAGAACACGAGACAACCGGGCGAUGAUGAUGAUGAUCACACCUUACUGAUAUUUUAUGACACACAAGGACGCCACAAUCGUGCUUCUGCUGGUUCGAAUUUAUGACGUAAAAGGAAAAAAGAGUACAAGAAAAAAGAGAUUGUUGUGGGCGAGGUUUCGUUACGCGGACAUGUACCACAAAAAAACUCACACGAGAGAGAGAGAGGAGAUCCCCAUCCCCCGUUUUGCUACGUGUGCGUGUGUGUGCUGUGUGUGAGAUGUGUGUGUGUGUGUGUGUAGUUACUCAUUUAGGACUCAAAGGCCGCGAAUAUGUAGUUGUAAUUAUUGUAAUACUGUUUUGUUUUUUUUUUUGGGUGGAAAAACUUAGUUAAGACGAUUUUUUUUUAUUGUUUUUCGUUUAGUUUCAUUCGCCCCCUCCCAAUUCACUAUUAAGUGUAUGUGUGCGUGUGUCUGUGUGUGUGUGUAUGCGUACAGUAGUAGAGGAAGGGUUGGGGCUGUGUAAAGGCCACAAGCGCAUAGGUUUAAUGUACCUUUAACAAACAAACAAAACAAAAUACUUCCCUCCUGGUAUACCAAUCGGUUCUUCCAAUUGGUAUACCACACUUUUCCAAUUGGCUUCCAUUAGGCAGAAUAGGAUUUAAAAAAAAAACAAACACACCCCACUUCCCCGUACACACAUCUCGAUGAUAUAAGAUUGAUAAGUAUGUGAUGAUUUAGGGAGAGAAAGAGAGAGAGAGAGUGCGCGUACCAAGUGCACGAUGAAGGUGUACUAAAAAAGGAUUGUAGGGAUACUAGAGGCAAAAGAUUAACGAUCAAUGCGUGUUUGUUUGUGAGAAAGAGAGUGAGAGAAAGAGUUUAUUGCGUGCGUGUGUGUGUGUGUGGGGUGUUUGGUUGUGGGUGGGUGGGUUAUUCGCAGGAUUUGCAAAGUGAGUGAAGGUUGCUUUCCCUUUAUAUACGUUUUGCUUCUUCUAGAUAGAGGAGUGUGGAGGAUUUAGCUUUUAAAGUGAGAUGAAAGCAAAUAAGCACAGAGCGAGAGAGAAUGAUGAAACGAUCGAAAAGUUUGUUAGGCGCGGGUAGAGAAAUCAAUCCAUCGAUCGGCCCUAGCGAGAAAAGGCAUACAACACUAUUUCCGAUACAACGAUCGUGGAAAGCGUUGCAGUUUUCUCGUCCUCCGCGACAAAACGGGGGAGGUGGGUGGAUUUUCCCGCAUUAGGUUCUUCCCGUUUCAUUAGUUUCUUCAGUUAGUUAAUGUGCGAAAUAGCUUAGGUAGGGAGAGCGAGUUGAGUGAGUUGAGUGAGUGAUCGACGAGAGGCUGCAGCGUGGCUUUAGGAUAAUGGCGAUCGACACGCAUCGCAACGCAAACGAAAUCUUCCUUAAAUACUGUGUGUGUGUUUUUUUUUGUCUUUAAGUUUUCAUAUUGUGUACAUUUUCCCCUCCUCUUACCACCCCUUUUCUCUCACACAUCCGCGAUAGGUUAUGGAACAUAGUUGUCUUCUUUUUCUUAUUAUUUUGUAAAUAUAGUGAACCACAACGCUUUAGUUAAAUGGAAAUGUAAAUCGGGCACUCGUGUUUUUUUCUUUUCAUUUUUUUAUCGAUAAACUUAUGUGUUCAAAUAUCACAAGAAUCGGCUAAUACAACCCUCACUCUUCUUCCCCCGCAAAUCGUUAGUGCACGCCGUCUCACCGAUGUGUCGUCCCCUUCAAAAUGAUGGGAGGCUACUAGUGUUAAGUAGAGUUUAUUGGAUCGUUUUGUCGUUUCUAAGUGUAUAAAAAAAUGAUUGAAUUUAUUUGUACGACACAAAUGUACAGCUCGGUACAUGAGAUAAGCGCAAAUAAUAAAAAGGAAAAAUGGAUUACACACCUUA